GGACUUUCACUUGUAACUGGCCAGGAGCGCUCAGCUGAAGAAAAGAUGCAAACUCCAGAACAUCUGCAGUCACUGGAUUAUCAACUCUCCUGUCAUCUCUCCCUGUCUCCACUGGUGACAGCGACCAACAACCAUCGCCAUGGGUGAAAUGGAGCAAUUGCGAAAGGAGGCGGACAGCCUCAAAGACCAGAUCACUGCAGCUCGUAAGGCGGUACAGGACACCACACUGCAGGAGGCGGCAGCUGGGAUCACUGUGGUGGGCCGUGUCCAGUUGAAGACCAGGAAAACACUAAGGGGUCACCUUGCCAAGAUCUAUGCUAUGCACUGGUCCACUGACUCCAAGCUGUGUGUCAGUGCGUCACAAGAUGGAAAACUCAUCGUGUGGGACAGUAUCACAACCAACAAGGUGAACGCCAUCCCUCUCAAGUCAUCGUGGGUGAUGACUUGUGCCUACGCACCUUCAGGGAACCUAGUGGCUUGUGGCGGUUUGGACAACAUGUGCUCCAUCUAUAACCUCAAGGGCAAGGAUGGGAACGUCAAGGUCAUGCGUGAGCUGGCGGCACACACAGGUUACCUGUCCUGCUGUCGUUUCCUAAGUGACAGUGAGAUCAUCACCAGUUCUGGAGACUGCACUUGCGUACUAUGGGACAUUGAGACAGGGACCCAAAAGACCAUCUUCGCAGGACACCAGGGAGACUGCAUGUCCCUGGCCGUGUCGCCAGACUUCAAGUUUUUCAUCUCAGGAGCAUGUGACUUCACGGCCAAGCUGUGGGACAUCAGGGAGGGCGCGUGCAGACAGACCUUUGGAGGCCACGAGAGUGACAUCAAUGCAAUUGGGUUCUUCCCCAAUGGUAACGCGGUGAUAACAGGAUCGGAUGAUGCCACCUGUAAGCUGUACGACCUGAGAGCCGACCAGGACCUGAUCACCUACCAGGACUCCAGCAUCAUGUGCGGGGUGACCUCCCUAGCCCCGUCCCUGUCUGGACGCCUGAUUCUGGCCGGCUACGAUGACUUCAACGUCAACAUCUGGGACUCACUGAAAUCUGAGAGAGUGGGAGUGCUGGCUGGUCAUGACAACAGAGUGAGCUGUAUCGGAGUAUCGUCAGACGGCAUGGCGUGUUGCACAGGAUCCUGGGACAGCUUCCUCAAGAUAUGGAACUGAGGCUGUUCCUCGCCAGCGAGCAGGAAGAGAGCAGUUAAUAUCUGCCUGGGAGAAAGUGGAGAUUUUUUUUUAAAAAAGAGGGAAGAAUUUGGAGUUUGAGGGAGGGAUGAGGAGCCACAUAGGGUGAGAAGAGGGUAUUUUAAUUGUGCCAAGCCCUAAUGUUGGAGAGGGGUUGUAAUGUGAGGAAUUUCUCUUCUCUCUGUCACAUUGCACUCUCACCUUUCUUCUCACUUUAUGAAUUUGGGAUGGGACAGGGGUUGGGUUGGGGGAGUCUAAGAAAAGAUCAUUCCUAUCAAUAGUUAAUUAAACUGCGGUUCAAAUUGAUAACAUAUUCACAUAUAUUGCAGCAAUUCAAAGAUCACACAAUGAAAACAGUUGCCAAAUGGAAAUGGUAGCACACUGGAUGAGAUAGAUUUGAGUAUGUGUCAAGUUACAGCCCGUGUAGGUUCACACUAGAUAUACUAAUAUGCUGUGUUUUCUAUCGAGCAUAAGUUAUGUCAAACGAAUAAUAUGAGCAUUUGCGUUUUUUGUUUCAGACUGUUGUUUGUUCUUAGUUUUGGUAGAUUCCUUAGAUGCUUACAUUUAAUUCCUUUCCAUUUUCUAAUUUCAAUUAAAAUUGAGUUAUAGUUUGCAGAUGUCUACAUUAGUGUUUGAGUUGUUUUGUAUGUGAUUGAUGGACAAUAUUUACCAGGUUUUGGGGUCUCAUCAUUUGGACUAAACCCCCCCGGUAACUAGACCUGAAAAGUGCUUUGAGUCAACAGUUGAACUGACAGAUGGGAUAAUAAAAUGGUCUUCAUGGUUCACUAAGCACUUACAAAAAACAAAAAAAGAUGACCCAUUUGUCUCAGGACAGGACUUUUUGUAUGACUGUUAUGUGGAUGAUAACGGCUAUUGUGUGCAUAUGAGCAAUACAUAUGAAUGUGUACAUAACAGCUUACCUUUUCCUCUGCGUGGUACCAGAUAAACUUGAAGGACAGUUCAUGUACAUACACAUAAGACCUGACUAGAAUUCGGACUGCCUCUUUUUUCCAAACACUGGAUACACAAUGUGCAA